AUGGAUGGUGGUGUCGGCCGUGCCUGUCGUGGGGCACACCGGGAAGACUGGCGAGGCUCCUACGUGGUAAAGCAUCGCGGCCGAAGCCUGGAAAUGUGCAAGCUCAUCUGCAGGAGCCAUCCCCUCUGCCAAGGCAUCGAAUACAACGAUGAUUGUGAGAUGUGGGUCCGCGCAGAGGGCAUCGGUUCUUCGGUGGCCUACGAGGGCCCGGCUCGCUUCUCCACCUGCCUGCGCUUGCUCCCGCAGGAUCUGGCCCCGGAGACGCGCUUCACCAGCCAGCAGGGCCGGAAGUGCCGAAGGAAGCCUUACACCAUGGACCAGGCCGCAGGAUGCAACGGGUGGAAAGGACUGACAAUCGAAGGCUGCAAGGACAAGUGUCGCAUGAACAGCAUUGCAGAGAAGUGUCCGGCGAAGCUUUGCGCAGCGGCAGUUUUCUUCACGAACUCGGGCUUCUGUCACCUCUACGACGAGUGUGAAGAGACGGAGCCAGACCGGAGCGCUCUGCUUCUCCACCGGGAGGUCACGGCCUUGCAGACCUGGCCUGGCCUUGUCGAGAAGGGCGAGGAGUGCAACCCGAAUCCUGGCAUGUUCGACUUCGGCACGGGCCCUCAGUCGUUCAGCAUCCUGGCCCAGCUGUCGAACGUCAAACUGAAGAAAAUCCAAGGACAAGUGCAAGGCGCUAUCCUGAGCAAACUCAGCACAGGACGAGGCAAGAGCUACUGGCCUGAUGCCCGCGGGUGGGAGUUCGGCGUCAUCUACGAUAAGAAGUGCCGAUGCCGACUGCUGCGCUUCCUCUUGCGCACAGUCUCCGGGCAUACGUUUUACGGGUACGGCACGACCCCGCUGACAGGGGCAGAGGUGGAAGUUGCAAUGUCUUUCGAUGCCAAGGAUUUCACCACCACUAUGUGGGUCAAUGGCAAGGAGGAGAAAGUUGCACAGCGACCUCAGUGGUAUCGCACCCGCUUCGCCGGUGAUUUCUCCUCGCGUGCAAAGCUAACGUGCCCAGCGCCGCAGUAUAAAUCAGUUAAGCCGCUUCUGACUGAUCCACUUCAGAAGGCAAUGGCAUCGUUAGCAGACUCGAUUGGCCGGCGAAGCGGUGGCUCCCGGCUCUUCGACGGCCAGCUCUUCAACGUGGUUCUCUACCGCGGCGUGCUGGAGGACAAGGACUUUGGUGUGGAGGUCACCACUCUGAAGUAUCAGUUCGUUGGAGUUGGAAGGACGCUUAGCGAUGACUGGAUCCAGGUGCGGACGUCUCUGCUAGAAGAGGAGGCCGACUCCGGCAGCGCCGGUGUCGCGGAAGCCGGCAAUUGGAGCGAGGCUGUGCCGUGCAAGGGUUGCAGCCGCUACACUCAACACCGUGUUGGUGGAGUUUGCCAGUAUGACAAGUCCAAGACCACGUGUGCAGUGUGCAUGCCGCCGCAUGAAGGAGUCUUCAACUGCCAAUGCGGCCGGCGCUUUCCGCACACCUGCGCCCCCUGUGGCAAAGAAGAGCUGUGCUCGUCCUUGGCCAAUGAGCCUCCGCUGGAGCUGGGACGCGCCACGAUGAAUGGCGUCAGCUUUCAGCUCAACUGUCAGUCCUCCGGAACUGUGCAGCUGCAGGCGCAAGUGGUGGCACCUUACGGUGGCUCAGACGUGUUCUACCUCUCCAUGGGUAGCUGCCCAUCAUGGAGGUGGUUCCUGCAUUCGGGCUGGGGGACGAACUGCGCUGAGGACGACAACUGUGCGUAUCAAGACGAGCCACGCUGGACCGUGAAGUCGGAGCCGUGUAAGCUGCGAGAGGGAAAACAUUUUGUCACCUUUCGGCCCUCCCAUCCCGGUGACAUCAAACUGACGAGGCUGCGGCUGACAAGUGGCUCCGAUUUUUGCACGUUUGAGCCACUUCCACCUGCCAGCACUACGACAACCACGACCUACACGACUCCACCGUACUUGCAAGGCGCUUGCCCAUCUGAAGCAGAAGAAGCCACCGAUUUCAACAACUGCCCUUUCCGAUACUACGUUUUGGAAGUGCUUUCCACCGCCGGGGACGAGGCCGCGUGGAAGAUCGGCGAGUUGCGCCUCUACCACCUCAAUGCCAGGGGACGACUUCGGAAGUUCCCAAGCUCAGAUGUGCGCGCAGAGCUCGUCCAGGACGAUGCCGAGACACGAGGCUGCGAAGCGAGCAAUGCCUCCAAUGCCUUUGACCUGUCUGUCUUCAGCGGCCUUUGCUCGCCGAGCCCGAUGAUCAAGCUGAGAUUGGAUCUGGGCCGGGGUGUCUCCAUCGCCAAGUACACGGUCAUCAGCGCCAAUGCCUCGAGUUCCUUCGAUCCCAAGUCCUGGAGGCUAUGGGGUUCAGUUGAUGGGGCAACAGCGAGCGACAUGACAUCGCUUUCCACGGCAGUGAAGCUCAGCGACGUGUCCCAGGCGUACUUCCCAUCUGCUCGCUGGAUGUGUGAUCCUCCGUGGGGUGUUCCACGAAAGCGAGGCUACCACUGCAUGGCCACAACAACGACGACGACAACGGAGGUGGAGGAGGAGAUCAUUGCGACCACGACGACCACCACUGCUAUGAUCAAGAAAGAUCGGUGCUUUUAUAGAUACUAUGCGCUGCAAGUGCUGCAGGCCAAUGACGCGAAGGCGACAAGCUGGCAAUUGGCAGAGUUGGAGCUCAGGCAGAAUGGCAAGGCCUUGCUUUUGCCAAAGUCGCGAGGGUCAGCUUGGUUCGUCCACGGCCGUGCCAGAAGGCCCGGGACAGUUCUUGAUGACGGCACGGAGGCUUUCAACGUCUUGGAUGGAAAUCUGGCAACCGUGGCACAGCCGGAUGGGGCCUUCUCUGCGAACUACACCUCCGUGCAACUGGCUUUCGGCCAGCGUGUUCGCGUGGUGCGGAGUAGUUCCACCUUCGAUUAUGCAGAAGCACAUUUCUGCAUGGACGCAGAUGAGGAUACUCGUUGCAGCACUGCCUGGAACGGAGGUUCAGGCGAGCUGAACCCGUGGUGGCAAGUGGACCUCGGAAUCCGCGAGGCUGUGGAGAUUGUCGCGUUGCUGAGCCACCCUGACGGCUGUGAAGCACGCUAUGGCGUAGACGUUGGAGACAAGUGCACGCCCACUGGCGCCGUCGUCAGCGUCAGCGACGUCUCCUGCACAGGCCACACUUGUCCCGGUGAGCCCUGCGGCAAGUUGGAGGUCACUGGCAAAGACAACUGGUACUAUGUCUCCUGCGAAGGCAAAGUGGGCCGCUACGUGCAAGUUCAGCUGAAGGGCCAGCGAGUCCUCAACUUCCGUGAGUUCCGACUCCUGGACAAGGACAUGGUGACUGAUGUGGAUCUUCCGGAACCUUCACAGAAGGCGGCCAUGGACUAUUUCGUUCGAGCAGACCGUAAUGGCUACUAUGACACUCGGUGUCAUGAGAACCUUGCCAGUACCAUCCGCGGCUCCAGCCCGAAGAAGUUGGAGGAGUGCGCACAAGCAUGCCUCAAUCACGGAGACUGUGGAGGUUUCUCUGACUACAGUGGUAUGGCCUGUGUCAUCAUGACGAAGUCGAAGGCCUCGCUGGAACAGCGAUGUGCGUGGACGGAUGAUGACAAAGCAUCAUACUACGAGCGCCAAGAGGAGGUUGCCGUCACCACCACCACGACGACCACGACCGGCGUGGACACUUCCAUCGUGGAGGCCGGCUGGGAGGGCAGCAGUGACAGUGGGCGGUUGGCUGCGAAGCUAAUCGUGGACCUGGGCGAGCAGAACUUCUUGACCGAGUACGCGAUCGUCUCAGGCUCCGGCCCUGACGGCACCCACCCAAAGAAGUGGAUCCUCAAGGGAUCCAAUGAUGCCACCGCACCCAUGGAUGAGUGGGACGAGUUGAGCAAGCACGAUUCCGACGAGCCUUCGUUCCCACCCGGUGAGCCAGGACGGCGGAAGCCGCUGCUGCUCUCAGUUGCGUGCCCGGCCGACGGCGGAUGA